AUGGCAAUCACGUAUGAGCGAAAGCAAAAUUUCACGGUUCCAGUGGUAGACUUAACCAACUAUCUGCGCGAUCCCCAAUCCACAGAAGCCGAGGGUGUAGUCGAAGAAAUUCGAAAAGCGUGCUCAACAAGUGGAUUUUUCCAAGUCACCGGUCACGGUAUCCCGAAGGGGCUUCAAGACCAGAUAGUUCAAGCAGCAAAGUUAUUCUUCGCUCUACCUCAGGAUGAGAAGACUAAAUUGACUGGUAUCCACGGUCGUGGCUACGAGGUGAUGGGUUCUCAAAUUUUGGAGGCUGGGAAGAAACCCGAUUUGAAGGAGGGUUUCAUGAUUGGUCCUGAUGUUCCAGAUCAACCGCCCUUUCGACGUUUUCAAGAAGCGAACAUAUGGCCGAACUCUCAUCAAAUCCCAGAGCAGCAGUUCAAGGAGCCGCUCCUUGCAUAUCACAAAGCUUUAUCAGAUUUGUCCAGCCAGAUAAUGCAUAUCUUAGCUCGAGGCCUCAAGGAAUUCGAAACGAGUGUCUUCAAAGAGUUCUGCGAGGACCCAAUUGCAAAUGUUAGGCUACUGCAUUACCCUCCACAUCCGAAUUCAGAUGAUAGUAGUUUAGUAGGUGCUGGUGCUCACACUGAUUUUGGGGCCAUAACAUUGCUUCUACAAGACAAACAAUCAGGACUUCAAGUCUUCAACCACCAUACGAAUGAUUGGGUCGACAUUCCACCACAGAGCGAUGCAUAUGUGGUCAAUGUUGGUGAUAUGCUGGAAGCUUGGACUGGUGGAAAGUACAAAUCAAAUCUACAUCGGGUGGUCAACAAAAGUGGGACAGAUAGAUAUUCAGUCCCUUUCUUCUACGAUGGCCACCCUGACUGUGUGAUCAGACCACUAGAUGGAUCUAACGGGAAAGAGUUCACAGUAGAGGAACAUCUAGUGUUAAGGUACAAGGCAUCUUACGGCUGA